AUGCGGAUAAAACAAAGAGUGAGUGUUGCUGUGAUAGCAGUGGCGUUGUUCUGUUUUUUGAUGUACUAUGUGAAACAAAAAAAUAUAAUCAUAAACCAAUCACAGAUCAUCACGCUUGAAAGAAGUGCAGACUAUCAAGAGAAAUCGAGGCUACAUCAUCAGGAUAGUGUUGUUUCAUUGAAACGGUUACUGCGUGUAAUCGAAGCACUGACGAAGGAAGUUGACAUUAUAAAAAAAUCUCUUGUGAGAAACGAAAAUACAGUUAACACUGCUAGUAAUAAAAAGGAUAUAUACAUUGACAUCUUAAAUAAUGGAGAUCAAAAAUCGUGUAAGAACUUGACUCUGUUAGUAAUGAUAUCAUCUCAUGCUUCACAUGCUGAUCGAAGGAGAGUUAUCCGUUCAAAUUGGGCAAGCGAGACACUAUGGAAAAAUUAUUUACAAAAACGAGGAGUUUCUUUUGGACUUUUGUUUUUAAUUGGAGAUGCUAAAAACAAAACAAUGUCUAAUAACCUCUUAAAGGAGUCCAAAAUAUAUGGCGAUAUAUUGAUUGAAAAGUUGGAGGAAAGUUUUUACAGUUUGUCGUACAAAAUAAUGAUCGGUUUCCAAUGGAUACACGAGAAAUGUUCAUUCGAUUACGUUCUAAAAGGUGAUGAUGACAUAUUUGUAAACAUACACACUCUCGUGACCUUUUUUAACAAAUCCUACCUACCGAGAAAAGAGCUUUAUAUUGGUCACAUGAUGUCCGUUUCGGGUGUGAUGCGUAACGGUCGAUACGGCGUAAGUAGGACGGAAUAUUUACGAGAUUAUUAUCCUCGCUAUUGUUCGGGAGGAGGUUUUAUAAUGUCACGUGAUGUAGUGAAAGAAAUAAUACCGCAUUAUGAUUGGAUAAAGCCUUUAAAAAUCGACGAUGCUUAUGUUGGCCAGUUGGUGUUAAAAGCAGGCAUCGAUGCGUGGCAUGAUUCGAGAUUUCGUAUGUACGAAAAUAACUGUACGUAUAUUAACGAUACAAUAAUUGCCCAUAUAUGGCGAAACAAGGCGGUUAAACCGAGUUGCGCAAAAUAUCUGAAUGAGCAAGCAUUACAAGCGAGUCAAAAAUAA